ACUCCACAGCAGCACAACCCCCUAACCCAACCCCAAGUGGCUCUCUCUCAUAUUAUUCUCUGCCACUGGCCUUCCCAAAUUCCUCUUUCUUCAUUCUUCCCACCUUUUAUUUUUUUAUUUUUUUAUUUUUUAUUCUCAGUGCCUUGUGGACCCUUGCACUAACCCAGCAGCACUCAAUUCAUAUCUUCACAAUCAAUCAUGAUCACAACAAUAAUAAUAAUAAUCACAUUAUUUAACUUCUUCUCCUUCUUGAGCCAUGUUAUCUUGUGUCCUGGUGGGUUGCAACAGCCAUGGCUGAAACUAUCUUCCCAUAAAGAGGCUAGAGGUGCCUGGGUGAAUAAUCGUCGGUAGUUCAGGAGACAUGUCUGCAGCAUUUUCUAGCUGGCAUCUUUUAAAGCCAAUCAUAAAUUGGCUAAUGUUACUCCUUUUGCUAAGAGUCAGUUUUGCAUCUACAGAUCCAGAUGUUGAAGGUGAAGCAUUGAUCGAUUUGCUUAGGGCACUGAAUGAUUCCAGUGGCCGAAUAACAGAUUGGAAUUAUAAUCUCGUUAGCCCCUGUUUUAGCUGGUCUCAUGUCACUUGUAGAAAUGGAAAUGUCAUAUCCCUGAGCCUGGCAUCAAAUGGAUUUUCUGGAACGCUUUCUCCUUCGAUUACUAAACUGAAAUUUUUGGCUAGCCUGGACUUCCAGGAUAAUAGUCUAACGGGCCUGUUACCCAUUUAUCUUGCCAACAUGACACAUCUACAGAAUCUAAAUCUCGCAAACAAUAAUUUCAGAGGUCCUAUACCCAAUACCUGGGGUCAACUGUCCAGUUUAAAGCAUUUGGUAUUGAGGGGUAACCACAUAUCUGGACAUAUUCCGGAUUCACUUUCAAAUAUUAGCGGGUUGACUGAACUGGAUCUUUCAUCGAAUGAGUUAACCGGAAGAGUUCCAAUGCAAUUCUUUACAAUUCCAAAAUUCAAUUUUACAGGAGCACGUCUUGCUUGUGGUUCUAGCUUGAAGCAGCCUUGUGCUUCUGGCUCUGUUCUCCGAGUUUCAACCAAGAAAUCAAAAUUUGGAACGGUUAUAACUUCGGCAAGUUGUGGUGUAACAGUAAUUCUUUUGAUUGGGGCUCUUUUCACUUAUCGAUAUUAUCGCAUGCACAAACUAACACAUGAUGUCUUUGUUGAUGUUACAGGUGAAGAUGAGUGCAAAAUUUCCUUUGGCCAGUUAAGAAGAUUUUCUUGGCGUGAAAUUCAGCUUGCUACAGAUAACUUCGAUGAAAGCAACAUAAUUGGACAAGGAGGCUUUGGAAGAGUUUAUAAAGGUGUCCUCUCAGACAAUGUAAAGGUUGCAGUGAAACGCCUUACAGAUUAUAACAGUCCUGGUGGAGAGGCUGCAUUCUUGAGAGAAGUACAACUCAUUAGUGUUGCAGUUCACAAGAAUCUUUUACGGUUGAUUGGAUUUUGUACAGCUUCAUCCGAGAGAAUCCUUGUUUAUCCAUUCAUGAAAAAUCUUAGUGUUGCAUAUCGCUUGAGAGAUUUAAAACCUGGUGAGAAAGGCUUGGACUGGUCAACAAGGAAACGCAUCGCUUUUGGUGCAGCCCAUGGCUUAGAGUAUUUACAUGAGCAUUGUAAUCCUAAGAUUAUACACCGUGACUUAAAGGCUGCAAACAUUCUUCUAGAUGAUAAUUUUGAGCCCGUUCUUGGAGAUUUUGGGCUAGCAAAGCUGGUUGAUACAAAAUCAACUCACGUUACCACUCAAGUGCGUGGUACCAUGGGUCAUAUUGCCCCAGAAUAUUUGUCCACUGGAAAAUCGUCAGAAAAGACUGAUGUUUUUGGAUAUGGUAUCACACUUCUCGAACUUGUCACUGGUCAGCGUGCUAUAGAUUUUGCUCGGCUUGAAGAAGAGGAGGAUGUUCUUCUGCUUGAUCAUAUCAAGAAGCUUCAGAGAGAAAAUAGGCUUGAUGACAUUGUGGAUGGAAACAUGAAGAUGCACGAUCCAAAAGAGGUUGAAACUGUCAUUCAGGUUGCAUUGCUUUGCACUCAAAGCUCACCCGAGGACCGUCCGACAAUGGCACAAGUGGUUAGAUUGCUGCAGGGAGUGGAUCUAGCAGAGAGAUGGGCAGAGUGGGAGCAGCUUGAGGAUGUAAGGAGUCGCGAAUUCUCACUCCUGUCUCAUCACCAGUUUGCCUGGGCUGAAGAGUCUACACAUGAUCAAGAAGCUAUACAAUUGUCCAAGGCAAGAUAGUAGUUGUUUCCUACAUUCCCUAAUUUAGAAUUAACCCAAAUAUUACUAAUUAUUGUACCAUAUAUAGUAUAAAUGUAUAUUUGUGUGAAAAGAUAAGAGAAGAGAGGAAAAGAAAGUUGUGGGAUAUCAUAUAGCCAAAGAUAAGUUUUCAUUUCGUAUAACCGCUACAUUUGCGUGGGUGGAUAUGUAUGUGGUCUAUGAGACAUUGUUGAUUAAAUUUUGAGUGGGAUUGAUUUAAGAUACUUUU